GUUGAAACUAGAAGGGAAAAUGUUUACAUUUCCGACAGUACCUGAAGGCGACAGGGAGCACGCUGUACGCUGGGACCGUGAAAGGGUCAUUCUAGUAGUUGCGGGUAGCGGGACCGCAGCGUGGACGGACCGCUGUCAAACAGAACCGGUUCCGUUCGGGGGGGGGGUUUAACGUUUAUUUUCUUUUAAACCAGACCUCGAGCGUCGGUCUGGCCCGGGAACGGUUCUGGUUCGGCUCUGCGCCUCCGCUCACAUGCAGCGGCUCUUCAGCUAACGUUAGCCGAGGAGCUAGCAAAAAGUGAGAGUUGUUCUGGUUCUGACGGAGGCAGUCUUCUAACCCGAACGGGCAUGGAGAAGGUUCGGGAACUCUUUGACUAUCUCCAAGACCCGCACCUGGUGGCCCGGUUCCAGCACCUCUGCGGGGUUCGGGGGAUUUUCACCACCGGCAGCUGUAACACGCCGGAGCCGACCCAGGCGCACCAGAACGGGGCUUGCCUUCGUCACGGCUCCCGGGGAAACCGGAGCGAAAAUGCAGGCGAGGCGAAGCCUGCGGCGGGGGCUCAGAGGACGGACGCGGAGCAUACACGUCUGGCCCAGAACGGGGCACCGGUUCCGGCGUCAGCUACACACGGAGAGUCCACCGGGACCGGUACCAGCGGACAUGUCCAGUACCCCCCGCGCGGCAGCACGGUGAAGCCGCUGCGCAAAAACUCUCUGACGGGCGACGUCGGGCAGGAGUUCGUGAUCGAAAACCGGUUCCUGUUCUACCUGUUCACGUUGGGAACCGAGCUGGGCAACGAGCUCUUCUACAUCAUCUUCUUCCCCUUCAUCAUGUGGAACAUCGACGUGCUCGUUGGCCGGAGGCUCGUCAUGGUCUGGGUCUGGGUCAUGUACCUGGGUCAGUGCACCAAGGACCUGCUCCGCUGGUCCCGGCCCGCUUCUCCUCCUGUGGUCAAGGUGGAGAUGUUCUACAACUCCGAGUACAGCAUGCCGUCCACGCACGCCAUGUCGGGCACGGCCAUCCCCUUCUCCCUCUUCUUCAUGACGGACGGCCGCUGGGAGUACCCAUCCUCUCUGGGCUUCAGCCUGGCUCUCUGCUGGUGUCUGCUGGUCUGUUCCAGCCGGAUCUACAUGGGAAUGCAUUCCGUGCUGG